GCAAUCAGGAGUCUCAGCCUAGAUUGGGAGUGGCCCAUCCUCAGGAGCCUCACCACCCCUCUGAAAAGCCGGUCAUCCACUGCCAUAAAUGUGGGGAGCCAUGUAAAGGUGAAGUACUCCGUGUUCAGGCCAGACACUUUCACAUCAAAUGCUUCACCUGCAAAGUGUGUGGCUGUGACUUGGCACAAGGAGGCUUUUUCAUUAAGAACGGGGAAUAUCUUUGCACCUUGGAUUACCAACGCAUGUAUGGUACCCGCUGCAACGGUUGUGGGGAGUUCGUGGAAGGCGAAGUAGUGACAGCUCUGGGAAAAACUUACCAUCCAAGCUGCUUUGCCUGUACUGUUUGCAAGCGUCCAUUUCCACCAGGCGAUCGAGUUACCUUUAAUGGAAGGGACUGUCUCUGUCAGAUGUGUGCUCAGCCAAUGUCCUCCAGUCCAAAAGAAUUGUCUGCCUCAAGCAAUUGUGCUGGCUGUGGAAGAGACAUAAAAAAUGGACAAGCAUUGCUAGCUCUGGAUAAGCAGUGGCACCUGGGGUGCUUUAAGUGCAAGGCCUGCGGCAAGGUCCUAACUGGGGAAUACAUCAGCAAAGAUGGUGCUCCUUAUUGUGAAAAGGACUAUCAAGUUCUUUUUGGAGUCAAAUGUGAAGCAUGUCACCAGUUCAUUACUGGGAAGGUCCUAGAGGCAGGUGACAAGCAUUAUCAUCCAAGCUGUGCACGAUGCAGCAGGUGCAACCAAAUGUUCACAGAAGGAGAAGAAAUGUAUCUGCAAGGUUCCACUGUCUGGCAUCCCGACUGUAAGCAAUCCACUAAGACUGAAGAUAAGCUACGGCCUACAAGAACAUCAUCAGAAAGCAUUUAUUCCAGACCAGGUUCCAGUAUACCUGGCUCUCCAGGCCACACUAUCUAUGCAAAAGUAGACAAUGAAAUCCUUGAUUACAAGGAUUUAGCAGCCAUUCCCAAAGUCAAGGCCAUUUAUGACAUUGAACGUCCAGACCUAAUAACUUAUGAGCCAUUCUACACUUCCGCCUACGAGGACAGACAGGAGAGACAGAGUCUUGGAGAGUCUCCAAGGACAUUAUCACCUACCCCUUCUGCAGAAGGUUAUCAAGAUGUUCGGGAUCGCAUGAUUCACAGGUCUACUAGUCAGGGUUCCAUUAAUUCUCCAGUGUACAGUCGUCAUAGCUACACACCCACCAUGUCACGUUCCCCUCAGCAUUUCCACAGACCUGGCAAUGAGCCGUCCAGCGGUCGGAACUCCCCUGUCCCCUAUCGGCCCGACAGCCGCCCUCUCACUCCAACUUACGCUCAGGCCCCUAAACAUUUCCAUGUUCCAGAUCAAGGUGUCAACAUUUACAGAAAGCCGCCCAUCUACAAACAACAUGCUGCUUUGGCAGCACAGAGCAAGUCCUCCGAGGAUAUCAUCAAGUCCUCCAAGUUCCCAGCAGCUCAUGCACCAGCACCCAACGAGAUACCAAAGAUUGAGACGGACCACUGGCCAGGUCCUCCCUCCCUUGCGGCCAUAGGAGCUGACAUGAGACGCAGAUCAAGUGGAAGAGAGGAAGAUGAUGAGGAGCUACAGAAACGCCGGCAGCUGCAGGAGGAGCAGCUCAUGAAGCUCAACUCUGGUCUGGGACAAUUGAUAUUGAAAGAAGAGAUGGAAAAGGAGAGUCGCGAUAGGUCAGCCCUUUCUGCCAGUCGUUACGAUUCUCCAGGUAAUUCAUCACAUGCUUCAGCCUCCAAAACCUCUUCUCUCCCUGGCUAUGGAAAAAAUGGACUUCACAGGCCGGUGUCUACAGAUUUUGGUCAGUACAACAGUUAUGGGGAUGUGAGUGGUGGUGUUAGAGAUUUCCAGUCCCUUCCGGAUGGUCAUGUCCCUGGAAUGAGAAUGGACAGAGGAGUAUCUAUGCCUAACAUGUUGGAGCCAAAGAUUUUUCCAUAUGAAAUGCUCAUGGUGACCAACAGAGGGCGAAAUAAAAUACUAAAAGAUGUAGACAGAACCAGGCUCGAGCGUCACUUAGCACCUGAAGUUUUUCAAGAAAUAUUUGGCAUGACGAUACAGGAGUUUGACAAGUUACCUCUCUGGCGACGCAACGACAUGAAGAAAAAAGCAAAACUCUUUUAAUCUCCCUUUAAAAAAAACAACAAAAAAUGAUGCAUACGAUAUUGUAUCAUACAGUCCAAACUAUUUGGAAGCAACUACUUAUCCACCAAAAAGGGAAAAUCACAUAGUGGCACCUCUGUACACAGCAAUUGAACAAGAUGAACAUUUGCCCUCUUGGAACACAGGGGUAAAAUAUCUGGGCUCAGAAACAACAAUGAUAGUUUGCAGAGGUGUCAACCUGUUACAUGAUAUUAUACAAGAUAGGAAACUGUUCUGUUCUUCUCUCUCGAUGAUAUUCCCUUUACUUCUCUCCACAAUAUGAUGGACUUUAUUGCUAGAGCCAGGAAGUGCCCUUAGGAUGCCUUGUAGACUAAAGUAGUUGUAACCACUCCAAGAACUGGAAAAGGAUAUAUAUAUAUAUAUAAAAAAAUAUAUAUAUAUGUAUGCGUGUUUGCGUGUGUGCGCACAUGUAUUUAUAUCUAUCCAUCUAUCUAUGUGUGUGAGUGUAUGUAUGUGUAUAUAUGUGUAUAUAUAUGGAAAGGAAGAUAGAUAGAUGCUCUGUAGUGAAGGAGAAGCCCUUUGUAACUUAUCCACAUGGUCACAUUAAGUCACACAACUGUUUCUUAAUUGGCACUCUUUUGAAAUGGCAUCUUCUUCAUGUGAUACAAUCUGCAAAGGUGAGCGCUCUGCUCACUUACAGUACAUACCAGUUGAAUUUCUGGAAAAUGGACUCCUUGUACUUGUAUAUAUUUGCUAGGAUAUAGGAAGUGAAUUGCUGUGUCUAUUGUCAGUCUUUCCUCUUCCACACUUUCUGCUUGAAUUAAUAAGACUGGCGCUUAACCAGUCCUUUGAAUAAUUUAAGAUCACUUAAGUAAUGGGAAUGAUGGAGAAGAGUCAGUUUUCUUGUAAUUUAGU